AUGGAGGCGCAAAGGCCUGACAAUGUCUCAUACGGUGUACCGCCGCCGUUCUCUCCCACAUCUUCACACCGCUCCUCGGCAGACCUACCAAAACCUUUAGCAAUGGACUUGGACAUGACUAGAUCAGACCAGGACCGGUCUGUGAGAGCAGCCAGUGUCCUGUCGGGAAUGUCGGUCGAGGAUAUGGAAGCCGCAGAAACGUUGAACAGCCUACAACAGAGCCUAACGAAUCCCUCGGCGCGAACACCUACCAAAAGAGACUCGUCACAGUAUUCACCCACAUCGCAACAUCCCUCACAACAACUACCACCCCCAUUACACGUCCACACCACCACCACAUUCGACAAAUCACAACCAGAGCCCUUACUACGGCUUUUCACGAGUCAAUACCCUCUCGCCGGAAGCCUAGUCAACGGCAGUCUUUCCGCAUAUAAGAUGACGCAAUCAUACAUUCCAGGAGCCGAAUGGACAGAACGAAAUGUCGGCCUCCCCAUAGCCGGCAAGGUCGCACGAAUAUCAGGAGCAGAAGCAGGUCUACGAUGGUACCUCAAGCCCCGACAGGACGGCAAGUCUGCCAACCCAUCCACUCCAGAUGUCGAAAAAGGCCAGGAGGUCCUACCAGCAUACAAUCCCGGCGACCGCUCACCGCCCUACAGUGAACAAGAAGUCCUCCUGCUCCAACAAUCUCAGUCAUCACAUCCCCCGCCAAACUGGCGGCAACAACUCAUCAUCUCGACCAGCGGCCUCGGCGUGGCUAUGAGCCAAGAAUCUUUCAGAAGUCUCCGAUUCUGCCUCGGCUGGCUGCGUUGGGCGAACGGUCGACUCGGCGAGGCCAUCCAGAACCUCAAAGUCUUGCUAGAACGCUACGGCGAUUCUACGACCGUUGGCGGUGGCACCUCGCCCUUGUCACCGGACAGCAUGUCAGAUCACCACCACCACGAUCAGCGCCAAGCACAAGUCGCCGCGCGUGUGGCCGCGCUGCGACAGGAUGUAAUCAACACUCUGAAGCAGGUGGUUGGGAUCGUGUCGCAGUACGCGGGUGGCGCGUUGCCAGAAAACGCAAGGAACCUAGUACAAAGACACUUGACAUCGCUGCCGCAGCGGUUCAGCAUUGCUAAUGCGGCAAAUCAGAGCAAUGGUGGUCGUCAAGGUGGAGAGGGAAGCGGAAAUGAAAUGGCGGCAAGCGCAAGCAGGGCGAUUGUUCUGGCGCAGGAGGGACUGGACAUGAUGACGCAGGUCAGUCGGGUUGUGAAUGAUACCUUGGUCAGUGCUGAGGGGUGGUUCGAGCGGUUGGGAAGGGGCCAGCAGCAACAAGACGGCGGCAUGGUUGUCCUGGGUGAGAAGGAUGCAGCAGAGGGAGAUGAAUCGAGGAGCGCGACCGUGUCAGGGGAUAAUCAGGGCGACGUUAAGAUGGGAGAUGUGAUCUGA